ACUACGACAACAUACACCAGCUUUCUAAUUUCCAUUUUUCCUUCUACUUAAAAUGGCUUCUUUAUCCAUUAAAGCCAAGGCCAUGGUGUUUGUUGUUGUUGUUCUUCUUCAGCUGCUGACGGUGGUGUUCGGGUUCUCUGCGGAGGCCCCAAGCAGCAGUGAGCAGAGGGAAUUUGAUUACUUUGUAUUGGCUCUUCAAUGGCCAGGUAGUUCUUGCAAAAACCCUGGCAAGUGUUGCCCAUCCAACGCCUGCUGCCGUGGAGCUGAGUCCCCCACUGAAUUUACAAUCCAUGGAUUGUGGCCUCAGUAUAAUGAGAAAGGAUGGCCAUCUUGUUGCACUGAUGCAAGCUUUAAUGAAAAUGAGAUUAAUAUCUUGACAGAGGAUAUUCAAAAGUAUUGGCCAACUUACAGAUGUGGUACUACAUCCACAUGCCACCAGACGAAGGGAUCAUUUUGGGCACAUGAGUAUGAGAAGCAUGGGACAUGUGCAGCUCCUGUGAUUGUGGGAGAAUAUGAUUACUUUUUGACAACUAUCACCAUCUUCUCCAAGUAUAAUGUCACGAAAGUUUUGAGUGAUGCUGGAUUUGUAGCUUCCAAUACUGAAAAGUAUCCUAUUGAAGAUGUGGUAGCUGCAAUUAAGAAUGAAUUCAAUAAUGCAACUCCAAAGAUUAGUUGUGCUAAAAAGGGGGCUGUCAAAGAACUUUGGUUAUGCUUUGACAAAAGCUUUGAGCCACGUGACUGCAAUCUACCGAAUUCAUGCCCCGAUUUCAUCAAGUUCCCAACAUAUGAACCUCAGGAGCCUAACAAGGUUGAGGGAGCAAUUCCAUGGAUUGCUGAUGUUGAAGAAAUUAUUUAACCUUUUCAUUUAAACCUAAAAGAGAUGGCUAGCUAGAGGAACCCUUUAAUGAUUAACAUUUUGGCAAUGUCUUUUGGGCAAUGCCUUUGUGAUCUUAAGCUCACCCAAAUUUCUUUGAGUUGAAAAGAUGCAUUAUGCAUGUGGGUUUGCUUUUCCAAAUAAAAAGGCAGUUGAUAAUAAAACAAUAAGUUGAUGAAAUUGGUUGCGUUUUCAAUUUAUUUAUUCUAUCUGCUUCCUUUUAA